GUGGGGUUGGCCGGCCCCGUCCUUCCUCCCUGCGCACCCUGCCGUCUCUCGCCGUCCCUGCUGCCACAGCCACCCCAGCCCUCGGGGUGGGUGCGGUGGGACCCCGGCUGGCCGGAGCGGCGGCAGGAGGGCCCGUUCCAUCCAGAGCACACAGUGAGGACGUGUCCCACCUGCCUGGCACUGCUGGCCAUGACCCUGCUGCUGUGACUCCAGCAACCCGGCGAGCAGAGCACGGGGGGAGAGCGGGGGGCUGACAUGGCCAGCGUCAUCCUGGAGAGCAUCUUCUUGAAGCGCUCGCAGCAGAAGAAAAAAACAUCUCCCCUCAACUUCAAGAAGCGCCUGUUCCUGCUGACGGAGAGCAAGCUGUCCUACUACGAGUAUGACUUUGAGCGGGGGCGCCGGGGCAGCAAGAAGGGCUCCGUGGACAUUGAGAAGAUCACGUGUGUGGAGACAGUGGCGCCUGAAAACAACCCUCCCCCUGAGCGGCAGGUCCCGAGGAAAGGGGAGGAUUACAACAACAUGGAGCAGAUCUCGAUCAUCGAACGGUUCCCCUACCCCUUCCAGGUGGUCUACGACGAGGGGCCCCUCUACAUCUUCUCCCCCACGGAGGAGCUGCGCAAGCGCUGGAUCCAUCAGCUGAAGAGCGUGAUCCGGUACAACAGCGACCUGGUGCAGAAGUACCACCCCUGCUUCUGGAUCGAUGGCCAGUACCUGUGCUGCUCCCAGACAGCCAAGAACGCCAUGGGCUGCCAGAUUCUGGAGAGCAGGAACGGCAGUUUAAAAGUCGGGCGGUCACAUCGCAAGACGAAGAAGCCGCUUCCUCCAACUCCUGAGGAGGACCAGAUGGUGAUGAAGCCUCUGCCUCCCGAGCCAGCCCCCAGCACAGCAGGGGAGAUGAAGAAGGUGGUGGCCCUCUACAACUACGAGCCCAUGAACGCGCAGGACCUGCAGCUGCAGAAGGGCGAGGAGUACUUCAUCCUGGAGGAGAGCCACCUGCCCUGGUGGAAAGCCCUUGACAAGAACGGGAGGGAAGGAUACAUCCCCAGCAACUACGUCACUGAAACCAGAAAUUCCCUGGAGAUCUUUGAGUGGUACUCAAAGAAUAUCACUCGGAGCCAAGCAGAGCAGCUGCUGAAACAGGAGGGUAAGGAGGGGGGCUUCAUUGUCCGAGAUUCCACCAGCAAGACAGGGAAAUACACUGUCUCUGUCUAUGCCAAGUCCUCUGCAGACCCCCAAGGCAUGAUCCGCCACUAUGUCGUCUGCUGCACCCCCCAAAACCAGUAUUACCUGGCAGAAAAACACCUGUUCAACAGCAUCCCAGAGCUGAUCACCUACCACCAGCACAACUCUGCAGGGCUGAUAUCCAGGCUGAAGUACCCUGUGUCUCAGCACAAGAAAAGUGCUCCUUCCACAGCUGGCCUUGGCUAUGGGUCGUGGGAGAUCGACCCCAAGGAUCUGACCUUCCUGAAGGAACUUGGGACAGGGCAGUUUGGCGUGGUCAAGUACGGGAAAUGGAGAGGCCAGUACAACGUUGCCAUCAAGAUGAUCAGGGAGGGCUCCAUGUCAGAGGAUGAGUUUAUUGACGAAGCCAAAGUCAUGAUGAACCUGUCUCAUGAGAAGCUGGUGCAGCUCUACGGGGUCUGCACUAAGCAGCGUCCCAUCUUCAUCAUCACCGAGUACAUGGCCAACGGGUGCCUCCUGAGCUUCCUGAGGGAAGCACGGCAGCGGUUCCAGCCUGCCGAGCUGCUGGAGAUGUGCAAGGAUGUCUGUGAAGCUAUGGAGUACCUGGAAUCCAAGCAGUUCCUGCACAGAGACCUGGCUGCUCGAAACUGUUUGGUGAACGACCAAGGAAUUGUGAAAGUGUCAGAUUUUGGUCUUUCCAGGUACGUGCUAGAUGAUGAGUACACAAGCUCCAUGGGCUCCAAGUUUCCAGUGCGGUGGUCUCCCCCUGAAGUGCUGCUGUACAGCAAGUUCAGCAGCAAGUCUGACGUCUGGUCCUUUGGCGUCCUGAUGUGGGAAGUUUACUCCCUGGGAAAGAUGCCUUACGAGAGGUUUAACAACAGCGAGACAACCGAGCACGUCAUCCAGGGCCUGCGCCUGUACCGGCCGCAGGCGGCCUCGGAGCGGGUCUACGCCAUCAUGUACAGCUGCUGGCACGAGAAGCCUGAGGAGCGCCCCACCUUCACCGCGCUGCUGGGCGGCAUCCUGGACAUCGCUGACGAGGAGUGCUGACCGCGGGCAGUGCCCGCUGAGCGCUGCCACUGCCACUGCAGGGCACACCCACACCAGCUGGCACGGACACGGACACGGCACAGCGUGCGGGAGCCUGGGGACCCCCACGGCUGUGCCCAUAGCUCCAGCACGUGCUCAGAGCUCCAUCGCAUCCUGGAACUCCAUCAGCACCCUGGAGCUUCAUCAUGUGCUCAGAGCUCCAUCAAAUCCUGGAACUCCAUCAGCACCCUGGAGCUUCAUCAUGUGCUCAGAGCUCCAUCAAAUCCUGGAACUACAUCAGCACCCUGGAGCUCCAUCACAUGCUCAGAGCUCCAUUGCAUCCCUGGAACUCCAUCAGGGCCCUGGAGCUCCAUCACAUGCUCAGAGUUCCAUCACAUUCCCAGAACUCCAUCUGGGCCCUGAAGCUCCAUCACGUGCUCAGAGCUCCAGCGCAUCCCUGGAACUCCAUCACUGCCCCAGAGCUCCAUCAGCACCCUGGAGCUCAUCACAUGCUCAGAGCUCUAUCACAGCCCUGGAACUCCAUCACAUCCCUGGAACUCCGUCACUGCCCCGGGGCUCCACCACACCCAGGAGCUCCAUCACCGCCGCGGGGCUCCAUCACCGCCCGGGGCUCCAUCACCGCCCCGGAGCUCCAUCACGCCCCGGAGCCCCAUCGCCGCCCCGGGGUUCUAUCACGAACCGGAGCCCCAUCGCCGCCCCGGAGUUCUAUCACGAACCGGAGCCCCAUCACCGCCCGGGGCUCCAUCACCGCCGCGGGGCUCCAUCACGCCCCGGAGCCCCAUCACACCCCGGAGCUCCAUCACCGCCCCGGGGUUCCAUCACCGCCCGGAGCUCCAUCACCGCCCCGGGGUUCCAUGACCGCCCUGGGGUUCCAUCACCGCCCUGGGGUUCCAUCACCGCCCCGGGGUUCCAUCA